GUCACUCUAUCCCGGAAUGCAAGCGUUGUGUUUAGUGACGUCACGAUAAGCCCAUUAGUGUGACAUGUGACGGGAACUGCUGCUAUACACCUGCUGCCCCGCCCCACACCUGCCGCCCCGCCCCACACCUACCAUCAUAAAGCCCAGCCUCACUCGUAACCAUGGGGGAAGCCAAGCUGAUACAACUGCACCUCGCCACAAGCAUGGAGGAACUCAACAAGCUGGUGGACGACAUUCCAAACAAGCCCCCUAAGCUACUGGUGAAGACGGCUCAGAAGUUGGUGAAGGAAGCACAGGUCUCGGACAGCAAGAGGGAUGAGGAACGCGCCUACCUAAUGUACAUGCGAUAUUUCCAGGUUGUCAAGAAGAUACAGAAGCACAGUGAAUACAUGGGCAACAAGAAGUACUACGAUGCCCUGCUGGACCCGCGCACCACCAGGAAGGUCAUCGAGAGAGCUGAAGAGAUCAACAAGAGCCUUGAACACAGGUACGACUUUGCAAAUGGAACAACGCGUUCUGAGAAGAUGGAGGAGGACAGGAAGAUACUGGAUGAGAAGGAGAAGGAGAGAGAGAAGGAGAGGGAGAGGGAGAGAGAGAGAGAUGCCAAGAAGAGUUUAACAGCCAAGGGUUCAACCAAAAGCAUUCCUUCUCCUCUCCCUCCUGUUGCUAAUGGUGUGGUGGAUGAUGAGAGGUGCAUCAGCUGCCAAAAACUCUAUUCCAUCAUGAAGGAGAGGUGCUCCACGUACCUGGUUCUCGACGCCAGGCCAAGGGCAGACUAUCUUGAUUCACAUAUGACGCUACCUAAUGUCAUCAAUAUACCAGAGGAGAUACUGAAGCCAGGACUCACAGCAGGCAAGAUCAGCACUGAAUUGGAAGAGGCAGACCAGACGCUGUGGGUGAUGCAGAGACACAAUGCUGAGUUCCUGGUGUUGGUGGACUGGCACAGCGAACACCCACCACUCCCGCCGCUGCUGCAAGUGCUGAGUGACGCCAUGCUCAAGUGGGACCCUGGGAAGCAAUACAAGGGUGUCCCCAAGCUGCUGCAGGGAGGGUAUGAGCUGUGGUGCCUCAUGUACCCUAUGCUGUCUACCAAUGCAAGGGUGGUGCAUUCCGGCACCCUGCCCUCCAAUGCCAAGAAGGAUAAGACUGUUGUUUUAAACUUUGAAUACCCAAGUUUAGACGACGCAUUCCUCGUCACACCAUCGCCACCAGCCACACCCAACACCAGCAGCACCACCACCACCACCACACACUACCCAGACCUCACACACACCACAUCGAACACCCCCAGCGUACCACAAGUCGUCCGAACGCUAAAACCAAAGGUGCUGGAGAAGGAGAUCAUGGACUCGCAAAACAACAACACUUUGGCAAACAACACCUUUCCGGCAACAGAGGACACUACAGUUAAGCCUUCCCUGGGUUCAAAUGUCAACACCUGGGAGAGUAAGGAGAGUAAUUUGGCCCUAGAGCAGAGGAGAGCUAAGCAAGGAGGAAGUGUGCUGCCAGAAAAGGUCGUUAAUGUGUCUCCGUUUGUGCCCAGCCGGUCUUUGAAACCCAAGGACCUUUUGGCGAGCUUGGCAGCGAACAAGAAGAAUCUGGAGGAAGAGCAGAAGUUGUUAGAGGAGUCGCUGCAGAUUGAAGAGGAUACAAUGAAGAAAAUGGAGGAGAUGGAGGCGGCCACCACUCAGAGGGAGAUCACGAAGGACGAGAUGACCCGAGCAGUCCUGCAGGCGACAGAAGACAGGCUGAAAGAGGAGAUACGCAAGCUGGAGAACAAGGGCCUGGAGAUGGAGGAGAGCUACAAGAAAAUGCAGAAGCAGAACGAGGAGCUUUGGAAGAUGGUGAACCUUGCUCUGGCCAACAAAUUGAGUGCAGUGUCUAUCAGCCCAGCCGCCCAGCCUGACCUUGAGAGCGAGAGGAGGAAGCAGGAGGAGGAACAAGAGAGGCUGAGGAAACAGAAGGAACAGAAAGCCGCAAUGCAAGAACAGGUUGAACGUAUGAGAAAGGAGAGAAAGGAGAAGGAGAAGAAGAUGAAGGAACAGGAGGAGAGAGAGAGAAAGAUACGGGAACAGAAAGCAAGAGAGGCAGAAGCUGAGAGACAAAAACAGGAGGAGAGGAAGUCUAGAAUUGACACAGAAUCUCGGCUACUGAAAAACAAAGGCAGUGGGGACUCGUACACCACCAAGCUGAGGGGAUCACCCAGGUCAUCACCAGUCAGGGGGUCCAACCUGCGCCGCUGCCACUCUGCCUUCAAUCUGGCACAGCAGGAGGAGGAGCAGGACACCUCAGACACAGUAAUGCCUUGUUUUGACCGCACGCUGAAGCCGCGUGUCACACCACAGCGGCGGAACAUCAAUGCGGCACGGCAGAGGAACUUCGAACCUAAAUAUGGAAGUGUGCCACCUGCCAAGACGGGACUGAAGAACCUUGGCAACACCUGCUACAUGAACUCCAUCGUCCAGUGCCUCAACAACACUAAGCUGUUUGUCAAGUACUUCUUGGAUGACACCUACAGCAACGACAUCAACCCCAACAGUGCGUCUGAUGGGGAGGUGGCAGAGGAGGUGGGGGCUGUGGUGCGUGCUCUGUGGUCGGGCCAGUAUCGCUCCAUUGCCAUGUGGGACCUCAAGAAUGCUGUGGGACGCUACCAUCGGCCCUUCUGUGGCUACGACCAGCAUGACUCCCAUGAAUUCCUGUUAAAAUUGAUGGACUGGCUUAGUGAUGAUCUUAAUAAGGUGACAGGCAAACGGCUCCCCAUGAAGGAACAGAACCACGAGAAUGUUCCAGAAUAUGUGGCAGCAGACAAGGUGAUGGAGGAACUCAGGCAGAGAGACCAGUCCAUCCUCUCCGCUGUCUUCCACGGCCUCCACCGCUCCACCAUUGAGUGUGGGACCUGCGGACAUGUUUCCCUCACUUUUGAACCUUUCUCUGUCCUCUCCCUCUCCUUUCCCAAUAACCGCAAGUGUUCUUUGAGGGACCUGCUCCACCACUACUACAAGGAGACGAAUCUGGAGUACACCUGCAGCAAGUGUAACAAGAAGAGGAACUGUGUCAGGAAGGCAGAUAUUUGGAAACUUCCUCCUGUGCUGAUUCUUCAUCUUAAUAGAUUCGAGCAUGACGUUUUGAUGAAGAAGAAGCAAAACUUUGUUGACUUCCCCAUGGAAAGCUUGGACCUGACUAAGUAUACUUGCUUCAAUAACAGAUACACCAAGUUUGACCUGUACGCGGUGUGCAACCACUACGGCACGAUGGACGGCGGCCACUACACCGCGUUCUGCCGCUCCCCGAUCAACAACAAGACAUGGUAUAAGUUCGAUGACCACGAGGUGUAUGAACACUGCUCCGUCAAGACGUCCGCCGCUUACCUCCUCUUCUACGAGGCAACCAACGCCGGCAUGCAUAUUAACAACCUCGUGUGACGCCGAUGAGUCAAGUGGGACCCUGGAAUUCCCUGUAUUGUAUUGCUUUUCCACGUGUUUUCCUCAAAGUCAAGCAGAACGCUGAAAAAUCUGUAUGGUGUUGUGUGUGUUCCACAUGUUUUCCUGCGCCGGUGGCUUGAUACGUGAAGUACGGCCUUGCAGUACACCCCAGAGACUGCACUCCUGCAUAUUUAAGGCGUGGGUGUACGGCAUGUGGUGUAGGAAAGACUGUGUGUGGAGAAACACUGAGGGAACCAGCAUAUUACUGAGCUGUGUAUGUGUGUGUUUGUGUGUGUGAGGAUGUGAAGAUCUGUUUAUUAAGGCACUGUGUUGAAGGCGGUGCAGAGAAAACAGCACGAAUGAGAACACUAAGAUGAUCUGCCUGUCUGUCACCAAGUUACUCUAUUAAAGGCAGUGCUGAGGAAGGAUGCAGGAGUGAGAUUAAAGAGAGUACAUCUGAAGAAACAGCAGGAGCAGGAAGCAUUAAGAUAAUCUGUCUUUCUGUCAUCAAGGUGCUGUAUUAGAGACAACACAGACAGAGGUGGGAGUGAGAGCAUCAUUAGAGUCUAUUUAUCACUCAGCUGUCAUGUUGGGCAGCAGACAAAACAAGGGACUAUUAACAUCUGCCUGUCAGUUACUAAGCUAUUGUUUGUCAGGCGGUACAGAAGAAGUACAAGUGACAAAUUGCAGACAGUGAGAAUGUUAGCAUGUCUGUCACUUACAUAUUACAGGUGGUAGAGGGAAAGUUAAGGCAACCUACCUGUCUCUCACCAAGCUAGUAUGUAGACAGAGAGGAGGCAGCAUGGAGGUGAAUAUUGUCCGUUUGUCAAUCAAGCCACCAGAUGAAGAGCAUAGGAGUGAAAAAGUCAGAGGAAAAUAAGGAACUGACAAAAGAAUCUGCCUAUCAACUUUAACAUGGUGCCGAAUCUUGCUGUCCACACACUGCCGGCCACAACGUCCAUUCCUUGCUGUGUUGUGUGGCUGGUGACCUAACAGUAGUGGUGGUGCUUCCAGAUUCCUCACCACGCGAUAUUGACACACAGGAUAUUUGCCCCUUUGUUAACACCCCCAGCACAGACAUGGGAGAUACAAGAACACGUUAAUUUUAUCCCUUUGCCAGGCUGCGUUGUGAAUUAAGGGACUGUAGAAAGAGAAAUGUAUCUUUUAAGUCUUCAUCAAUAUCCCCAGCACCUUGGUAACUUUGCACAGACAUGGGAAAUACAAGAAUACGUUAAUUUUAUCCCCUCGCCAGACUGUGUUGUGAAUUGAGCGCCUGUGGAAGGAAAAAUGUGUCUGUAAAGGUGGUGGUGAUUGAUAUUGUUCAGUUGUGGGAUGGUUCUGGCAGUGCUGUGUUUGGGGAUGCAAGGUUUGCUUUGGUUUAUUGGUGUUUCAUGGAGUCUGUGCUGUGUUGCUGUGUUGUGAGGUAUUCUUGGUUAGUUUGGCUAUUGUGAAGUUGUUUUGGUUGCAAGGAAGGAAUGGCUUGAGUGUGUCUUGGUUUUGAAGGAACAAUUUGCCUGAGAUAUUAAUUAUGUAUAGAAUUUUUGUGUCAAACUGAACCUGGCUAUAUUUUUUUAAGAA